UGUGCGCAUGUGAUUCCAUGUUGGAAGAGAAGGGAAAAGAUUGAAAAUCAUUGCCAUUCUCUGCACUUUAAACUCGAUUUUCAUCCUCAAAAAACAACUAAACACAGCUAUAAGGAACAGAAAUGACUUUUACACUUCUCUCUUUGUGAACUAGAUAGAUUUACAAGUAAGACAGGUGAUGGUGCAGAUGGCAGUGGUUCGUGAUCGAGCUCCAGUAGUUCUGAGCCCUCAGUGUGUGGGCAGAGAAUUUGUAAGGCAAUAUUAUACUGUACUCAAUCAAGACCCUUUGAAACUUCACAGAUUCUACACCAAAAAUUCCAGAUUUCUUCAUGGAGACUCUGCCAAUGGCCACUCUGAAACGCCUGUCAUGGGCCAAGAGGCUAUCUAUAAGAAAAUCCAAGACCUGAACUUUGUGGACUGUCGCACUAAGAUAAGGCAAGUGGACAGUCACUCUACCCUGUCAGAAGGGGUAGUCGUCCAAGUGUCUGGAGAACUAUCCAACAAUGGACAGUCCAUGCGCAGGUUCAUGCAGACUUUUGUCUUGGCUCCUGGAGAGGACACAAGAAAGUACUAUGUCCACAACGACAUAUUCAGGUAUCAAGAUGAGGUUUUCCCUGAGGAAACAAGUGAUGAAACUGCUGACGGCACAGUAGAUUCUGAAGGUGAAGAAGAAACAAACAACCAAGUGACAAAUGGAGUGACAAACUAUGAACAAGAUUCUGUUCUGGUACAGAACGUUGCUCAAGAUGUUCCUGCUACUAAUCUGUACUACACAGACCCCAUCAGGAACAAUAGUGAAAGUUCUGGUUUGAUGCAGAAUCAAUUGAUGCAGGAAGAGUCACAAGAACUACAAGAAAUUGUGGUUGACAAACAACUUACUGAGGUGGCRCUGAAUGAGCCUGCCAUUGAAAUGCCUGACCUAAAGAAUGCAGAGCCAGAAGAACCUGAUACAGCUCAUCUUCAGCAAGUGCCAAGUGAUGAAGCACCCAAUGACAUGUUCAGAGAUGCAAGGGAUGAUGAACCAGUACAGGAAUCUCCCAAACAAGAGGAGAAACCCAAAACCUGGGCAGACUUGUUAGUAAGAUCCAGUGGCGGACCCAGUAUUGCUGCACCAGCACCAGCAGCUAAACCACAACCCAAGGCUACACCACCACGUCCAGUGGUCCAGCCUGCUGUAGCUAAGCCUGCCCCACCACGUGAAAGACCAGGGUUUGUAACCAAAGAGGCACGCAUGGCUGCAAGGAACGCACCAGAUGAUCAUCAGGUGUUCAUUGGAAACCUGCCAAAUGGGAUCAAAGAUGCUGAAGUCAGAGAAGUGUUCUCUAAGUAUGGAUCUAUUCUGGAGAUCAGACUUAACCCAAAGAACUUUGGAUUUGUCAUCUUCAACAGCCCAGAUCCUGUCAAGCAGAUACUGUUAGAGAAGCCAAUCAAAAUUGGAACACACGAAAUAAACAUUGAAGAAAAGAAGCCAAGUGGUGCACGUCGUGAUGCACCUGCCAGUGCAGGAAGAGGAGCUGCUGGCGGUAAAGGUGGUGGGCGUGGCAGUGGUGGCGGAGGACCAGGGAGUCGCACAGCACCUAGUGGAGCUGGUGCKAAUGGACGUGGUGGUGGAGGGUUUGGCGGGAAUCAAAGAGGCGUUCRCCGCAGCAGUGGAUCCUCAAGCCGGGGCGGGAAAUUCGCCAAGUAACACACUUUCAGUCAUGUGAGACGCUUAGACAACAUUAUCCCUCAAUUUUUUUAUCGCCUCUUAAAGCAAUAUUUUGGCAGAAAUGAAAAUAUAUAUUAAAGCAAUCCCCCUGCAUUUAAAGCUCUUGAAAUGUGGAUCUUUAUUUGCAUAGUGAAUGAAUUGAAUUUGUUCGUUAUUAAUACAGUUACAACCCUUUCUUUUUUCUAUGUCUUUUAGUUUGUUUUUAUGUGUUAAAAGAAAAUAUAUACACUCUUCUCAAUGUAUUAAAAUUCUGAUUAUUCAUAGUUUGAAGCUAUGAAUCAAAAGGAAAACAGAACGUUUCAAAGAGCAAAUGAAGAUGAAAGAAUUGGAUCAGGAAUUUAAUAUACCAAAGAGUGCCCAUAGAACAUAGCAUAAAAUGUAUUAUUUUUUUCCUUCAUAUGCCCUACUUUGCUUAUUGCCCAGUUAUUCUACCAGACAGUCUUCAUGCAGAUGUUCAGUACUUGCCUCUCUAUUGAACUAGCAAUGCCUUUGUGACCCAAUUUUGAUACCAAGAUCAAAGCAAUCCUACAUACGUUGGAAGUGGAAGGAUAUAUUGUUGUCAUCCUGGUUUUUUUAGAACACAAUAAUGAGGAAUAAAUAAACUGAUAUUUAUAUGUUA